AUGUUUCUUUUUAGUAAACUCCAACCCACUUUGCAAGCGUGUUUGUUAGAAAAGAGAGGAAGAAGAAUCCAAAGCUUUUUAAAAGUAACCUCAAUAGCUACAUUUACUGGUACAGGAAAGGACCCUGGUAUCCCAAAUUCACUACCUUUUAAGGAGCAAAUAUUGGAACACAUUAAGGAAACCAAGAAGCUCGAGUCGGAGAGGCGGUUAGCUUUAUUGCAGCAUGCUAAGAAACUUGAGAGCAGUACAGAAAAGCCAAAGAAAAAAGUUGUCAAUGUCAGCUUUUCUAAACAAUUCGCUCAUGUAAUCAAUAAGGCUGACGUUGUUAUAGAGGUUUUGGAUGCUCGGGAUCCACUUGGUACUAGAAGUAUUGACGCAGAAAACGAAGUUUUGGCUGCUGGGAAAAAACUAGUUUUACUUUUAAACAAGAUUGAUCUUGUUCCCCGUGGAGUUGUGCAGCAGUGGUUAAACUACUUCCGUAAGUGGUACACGAUUAUGCCUUUCAAGUCGAAUACGCAAGAAAAGUCCAACAGAUUGGGGAACAUUAAAGGCAAAAUACCUCGAAAUACGAAUCCUACUGUGAAAAGGGGGAAAUUGGCGCACCAUACACUCCCACCAGAAAGUGCUGCUCCGAUAGCCGAGCCAUCGAAACCGGCUAUUAUUGCCAUUGAUGAAACUGAUUUCCCGCUUCAAGAAUUUGAUGACAAUGUUUUAAAAAUGAUUUUAGUUUUUGCAGUGAUGUUGAGUGGAUAUGCAGUUGCCCUGUCUGUGUCCUUCAUAGGGCUUCCAAAAGCCAAUGCGUACAACGAUUUCUGCCCAGUGGCUGUUGUAAGUCCCUCUACGCCCUUCCGAGUGGACUUUGGUGGUAGUUGGAGAGAUACGGAGGAUAUCUUGAUAUCUAAAGGGUACGAAGCGAAUACUGAUGCUGGUGAUGAUGACGCCGACGAUAAUGAGUACGCAUCGGCAGAUGAAGGUGUUGAUUUAACAGAAAAGGGCAAUGAAGUCAUGGAUGCUGAAUAG